UUUGAAUAACUAAAAAGAUCACCAAGAGCAAGUGAUUACUCUCAUUAUGUGUAGAAAUGAAGCAGAAUCCUUCAUUGAAGUACUUUAAUAGCUUCAAGACGACAGAAAAUGGAAAUAUCAUACCUCUAAAUGAGCUGAUAAACCCACCUCCAGAUAUAAUAAACCCGAUUAUUACAAAAAGCCAAGGGAUCGAGAGACAGUUCAUGACUAUGAAUGAGCCAAAAAUUAUCAGGAAGAAGUACAAGAAAACACAAGUGAAGAACACUCAGAAACCACCGGUGAAUCCAGCUUUUAACUUCAUCACUACAAAAAAAAAGCUUAUCCACAGAAAAAGUUCUUCACUGUCUUCAAGUGGAGGUUUCGACUCAUUGAAAGCCAAGUUCCUUAAUGAGAUUAUUUCUCGGAAACUUCUCGAUGGAGACUUCGAAAAAUCUCAUAAAUUUUAUCAUCCUUUGGAUAAGUCUAGAUUCUUGAAGCACAAGAUGAAUGUUAAGACAUUAAAAUCAUUAGGAGUCAACAGAGGGAUGACUUGUCCUUCAAGCACGGUUAGUAUUUGCCAAAACUCUUCUUUGGCUCCCAGCCAGGACUCUCGAGCAUCUUCUCCACUGAAUAUAAACCAGAUUGCUUUAAAGAAGCAGAAUAUUUCUACGUUCAAGAAAAUGAGGAUCCUGAAGUUAAAAUAAUUUAGAAGAUAGCCGUUCUAGAAGUCGCAUUCAGAGCUUGAAGCGAAAACUCAGGCUUUUUGGUGAAACCAAUAAGUGUGAUAAAACCGAGCAUGCCGGGCUGAAAAUACUGAAAAACAAGCAAAAAUAUUUUAUGAAGAGGAACCUACGUAAUGGAAGCAAUAUCUCUCUUCGAGGUCGGAGAUAUAGUACUUUGCAAGGAAAUGAAUAGCUUUUCAAUUAAUUUAAUCUCAAAA